CGGGAGCCAAGAGCGCGGAGCGGGCAGAGAGGCGAGGCACUGGAGCCUGGGGGACCCUUGGGGCUACUCGCCUCGGCCCCACCCCCGCGGUGGGUCCAGGCCCCGCUUGUCCCGGCCCAAGCCGACUGAGCCGGCACUCACGGCUGCCGGCGGUGCGCUGUAGCUGGCCCCGCCCCGGCUCGGAGAGCACUGGGAGGGCGGACCUGGGGUCGGACCCGCAGUCCCCGGCCCUGGCCUCCUGCCGAUCGCCAUCACCCCUAGCCUCUCCGGCUGAGCUCGGCGUCCCAGAGAGGAUUAAGUAAGUGCUGAGGUCGCAGCUUCUGUGCAAGAAUGGAGAAAUCACAGAGUCGCAGAGCGGGGAUGGGGAUUGGAGCAGGGAGGACUGAAGAACCUGGUAGAGAACGGUAUGCGGGUUCUCGGAGGUCGCGGUGCCAACCCAUUUCACCCGUUUCAUUCUCUUGCCCUUUGGACCCUCAGGCAGUCCCAGCCAGUGAUGGGCAGGGCCUUUUCUCUGCUUUGGAUCGAGGAAUAAAGAGAGCCCAGAGCAAGAGUUAAGGGUCUGGCCCAAGGUCAUGUCUGGGGUCAGAGGCAGAGCCAAGGAAGAACCUGGGGCUGCUGACGCGUUCAGCCUAGCUGGAGGGAGAGGGCAGAGAGGGAUGAGCCCCAUAUCCCUCUGCCAACCUUACCCCUUCCUAAGGAGCCAUCUUUAGUGUGUACACUCCUCACACACACACCCAUGCACCUGCACAGGGAGGCACCCCACGUACACCCAUGAGCUAGGACAGGGAGGUAUGUGUGCAGCCAUGAGCUGUGUAUCUCCCCCUUCUCCCUAGACCUGCCCUUAGGCAGCUUGAAUGGGCCCCCUUCCCACCUUGCCUUACCCUGCGCCCUCUGGCCUGGGAAGACCUAAGCCACACCCUCUUGCCACAUCUCCCACCCUCUCCUCCCAAGGGAGGAGGAGGGGGAGAAGAAUCAUCUCAGGGUGGGUGCUCCAUCCCUGUAUAUGAAGACACACUCCCUGCUCACCUGGUUUUUCCUUGUCUCCGGCAGCCCCUAGCUCCCCUAUGGAGGUCCUGUGACCCUAAGAGCCUGCAGAGAAGUCGUGCCAGAGGACCUGACCUUAGCCUCUCUCCCCUUCCUGCCUUCUGGGCUCUCCACACCUGCCCUGCCCCACUGCAAACACAACCUGGAUCACAAAAUUGGCUGGGUCCAGGGGCUUCUUUCCCAAGUGGGCUGCCCAGUGGGGAAGGUCUAUGCAUUGGGUGCUUACUGUGGGCAAGGGUUGCGCUGAGCUAAGUCUUUUCAAGGGACCAGUUCAUUCUGCCAUUUUAACGAACCUGUGAGGGAGGUGGGGUUUUGUUUUUGUUUUUGUUUUUGUUUUAUCUCAGACUCAGGAGAACUGAGACACAGAAGUGGAGUGACAUGCCUAAGGUCAUCUGACUCUUGGGCAAGUGUUUCCCUCCAGGAAAGGAAAAAGCUGCAGUAUUUUUUUCUCCAAGCAGGAGCACCCAAGGAGCCAGGGAGCUCCCUUUAUCCAAGGAGGUGGCAACCUGCAAGUAUAGUGGAGGGGCCACAGUCUGGAACACUACUGAUGUCAGAAUCAAGUUGGCAGGUUGGCUGACCACAGGCAGUCUCUCAGCCAGGGCCCUCUCAGCAUCAGCAUGAACUCCAGGAUCCCAUCUGCCAGGGGCUGGUUCAGCAGCCGCCCACCCACCUCUGAGCCUGACCUGGAGCCUGCCACAGAUGGGCCAGCUUCUGAGACCACUACCCUCAGCACAGAAGCUGCCAGCUUUAAUGACACCAGAAUCCCUGAUGUGGCUGGUGGCACAGCUGGUGUGGGCACAAUGCUUCUGUCCUUUGGGAUCAUCACAGUGAUUGGCCUGGCUGUGGCCAUGGUUUUAUACAUCAGGAAGAAGAAGAGGCUGGAGAAGCUCCGCCACCAGCUCAUGCCCAUGUACAACUUCGACCCUACGGAAGAACAAGAUGAACUGGAGCAGGAGCUGCUGGAGCACGGGCGGGACGCUGCCUCCAUGCAGGCUGCUGCCUCUAUGCAGGCCAUGCAGGGCAAGACCACUCUCCCCUCUCAGGGCCCACUGCAGAGGCCCAGCCGGCUGGUGUUCACCGACGUAGCCAAUGCCAUCCAUGCAUGAGUGCCCUGGAGACAGGCCUGGACUUCUGAUGAAGACACCUGCCACAGUGCCCAUUGAGCUGCCCACUCCGUGAUUGUUAAGACCUACUCUCAGGACCUGCCCUGCCAAGGCCCAGCUAUUCCCAGGACCCACCUGCUGACUCUCCAGGCUCUAAGAGAGGCCCUGGCCAGGCAGGCUGGACAUCUGGCUACUGAUGUCCCCUGAUCUGAGGGCCCUGGCAUGGAGGGCAUCCCUCAUGUCAGGAAGGUUGAGAGCUAUGCUAGCUUCCUUGUGUCCUCCCCAGACUCCUUACAUCAUGGUCUGCUCCUCUAAUGUAGAGGAAAUGGGAGGGGAAAG